AUCAAUCCACCAUUUUUGAUGGGCGUGUGCAGGGCGGAUUUGUGAAUGCUCUGGAAUUUAUUUUUUAAGUUUUAAGCUGUUAUCUGUGUAAUUGGUGAACAUUUUUCUUCUCGAAUCAAAAUGGGUACCACGCGCUAUGCGUUGGUGGUAUUUUUAAUCGGUGCAGUCUGCGCACAACACAACUUUGACGAGGUCGAGCUGGGCCAACAGAUGGUGUGGUGUGCGACCUCGGAGGCCGAACUCUUCAAGUGUCGCAACUUUACAGUUGCGCUAGAACGCGAUCGUGCCCUGUUCGACAACUAUUUCCUGGACGUAAGCUGUUAUUAUGGUUUCGAUCAGGACGAGUGCAUGCGGCUGAUUGACGAGGGUAAAGCUCACAUUAUGUCGCUCGACGCAGGAGAGGUAUACACCGGAGGUCGUCAUCACUCGCUCGUUCCGAUCAUGCAGGAAGGAUACGACGGUGGGUUCACGCAGUACCACGCGGUCGCGGUCGUCAAGAAGGACACGUUGACUGAGGUGACGAGUUUGCGCCAUUUGAAGGGGAAGAAGGCAUGCUUCGCUUGGGUAGGCAGCUACGCCGGGUGGACCAUUCCGAUUUAUACGAUUCAACGCGAAGGCGGCAUGGACAUUACCGACUGUAAUAACCACGUGAAAACGGCAACGGACUACUUUGGGCAGUCGUGUGCCGUGAACGCCCUGGUUGACAAGUACAAUCCUAUUGGAGACAACUCGGACAAGUUGUGCCACUUGUGCACGGGAAAGGUGCCGGGAGAAAAGUGUACUCCGAAGGAUCCGUACGCCGGAUUUGAAGGCGCGUUCCGUUGCCUGGUGGAGAAGGGAGAGAUUGCGUUUGUUAAGCACACGACCGUCAACGAGAUGGUCGAGAGUGGGCUGAUUCCCGGGGUCACGGUUGACCAGUUUGAACUGCUGUGCAAGGAUGGGUCUAGGAAGCCAGUUUCGGAGUAUCGCCAGUGUCAUUGGGGACUGGUGCAGUCGCACGCCUUGGUCGUAUCGUCCGCCAGAACGACAAGCGAGCGGCGAAGAUACAAAAAGUUCUUCACCCAGGCCGUAAACUUGUACUCCUCAAAGUCCAAGCGUUUCAACGGAACGGCGAAUGCCUCGGAAGAUCGCUACCGGAAUCAGGAUCGAUACAACGAUCGCUACAACAACAACAACAAUAACCGUUUCUUCACAUCGACAACUACCGAUCGUUACAACUACGGUCGCGAAGUGGACGAGGACCGCAACGGCAAUGGCACUCAGUUUUACGAAAAGUUUGAUCUGUUUGAAUCUCGACGGUAUGGAAAGCUGCUCAAUCUUAUGUUCCAAGAUACCGCCCGAUAUCUGGCGCCAAUUGAAGAAAACAAUCAAAACUUCCAAAACUAUCUGGGGCCGGCGUUGGAGUUGAUCUAUGGCGUGCGUGCCUGCCCAGUGAGCAGAAUGAGUUUGUGCGUAACGUCGGAACCGGAAAUGGAAAAGUGUAUCAAGAUGAGGACCGCUCUCAAAGCUCAACUGAUCAAGCCAGAUAUGCAGUGCUUGAAGGCCCACUCGCACGUGGAUUGCAUGCGCCACGUAAACGCCGGACUGGCGGACGUCGUUGUUCUGGACGCGAGUGAUGUCUACACGGGAGGACUCAAGUACGAUCUGCUGCCGUUCAUGUCGGAGAUUUACGACCUCGGCGAGCCUGAGUAUUAUGUCGUUGCGGUAGCCAAGGAGGAAGAUCCGGACACAGAGUUGACCUAUCUGAAGGGCAAGAACACGUGUCAUUCGGGCAUCAAUACGGCAGCAGGUUGGGUCUACCCGAUGGCUUAUCUCAUCUCAAACGGAUGGAUUCGACCGUACGGCUGUGACAGCAUCCGGGCGGCGGCAGAAUAUUUCACGAAGUCCUGCGUUCCCGGCGUUAUCAGCAACGAGUACAACCAAGGAGUGCCUUACGAUAACCUGUGCGACCUCUGUCGUGGUAGCAGCUAUCGCUACUGUCGGCGAGACGCAUCGGAAGAUUUCUACGGCAACACCGGAGCGUUCCGCUGCCUGGUGGAGGGUGGAGGACAGGUCGCGUUUGUUAAGCACACCACAGUUCUGGAAAACACCGGCGGCAAAAAGCGCGAAUGGUGGGCCCGGAAUACGCUGCCAGACGAUUUCGAGCUGCUCUGCCCUGAUGGCACGCGUGCCGAAAUCAACGAGUACAAGCGCUGCAACCUUGGCAAGGUCAAAGCCAACACCAUUGUUACCCGGGGUGGACACAACUACAACGCGACCCAACUCAACGCCUACAUCAAUCUGUUCACCUACGCUCAGCAAUAUUACGGCCGCCGUGAAGCGGACGAGUUCAGCUUCAGCCUGUUCUACUCGAACCCACCGUACCACGAUCUGAUUUUCUCGGACGCGACGCGAGAGUUGCGGCUCGUUCCGGGUGACCGCCGUUGGUUUGAUGCCUACCUCGGGGCGGACUUUUUACGCGCCCGACGAAUCACCGACUGUCAUGCAGAUUGGGUCACACAAAAAUACUGAAAUUUGUAUGACCGAAUCCCACCCCUCAGACCCAAUGGACCCCUGAUGACGGUAGGUAAGUAAAUUAUUUAAGGGUGCACCGCAACUAAGGAAGUUGUUGUCUUCUUAUUCCAAUUUGUCAAACUUACGGACCCAAUCCUGCAAGAAUCUCAUUGUAAAAAUAGUCAAACUUUGUUGUAAUAACUUUGAAGACAGUAAUUUGAAGGAUGAAUAAAAAAUCAUAUCGAUAGUUUCCGUAGUUUUUAAGAUACUAAAAUGUCUUGAACAGAAAUCUGGGUGCAAAAGCUAUAAUUGUUGUGUACCGUUAAGCUCUUAUCCUAUUUCUAAGAUUUCUCACCGGGAUAGCUGCCCAGUUAAAAACAAACAAACGUCAAAAUCAAUUACAAAGUAAAAUGAUCAAGGGGUCAGUGGAUGCAAAUAUGAACAUCAUAAAAUAAAAUUAUUUUUUAAAGUUUUCAUGAAAUGUCAUGUCAUUUUCAACGGAAAUUUCAAAUGGAAUGGUCUGGGGAUAUUUUUUAGUGCUGUGAAUUUUUAGUUUUAGCGUGUCAGCGUAGAAUUCUUCAAACUAAUCAUAUAAAAACCAAACAGUUUUAUUUUUUUCCAUUUAAUUUGAUAUUUUUGUAGGUUACAGCAAUACAUGUUCAUGAUAUUAUCGUAGUAUGUAUAUAUAUAUAUAGCUUUAAAUUAAACAUUACAUAGCGUUUACCGAAAGUCGUUAAAUUUGUUAUUACCCAAAAACGAAGGUCUGCUUAGUAUAAAAAUAUAUAUAUUCGCUUGUUUGUUUAGUGCUUACAAUGUUUGCGUGUUUUCUUUCAUUUUUUUCGUUUUCAAUAUUUAUUUAGUAUGGAGUGUUAUCGGUUUGUUGUUUUUUUCGGUUCGGACUCACCUAGCAGUAAUUAUUGUUUCUUUUUUUGUUGUUGCUCGCCUUUCGUCUCGCUACAUUAACUUGCAGCGCUGCACACGAGACAGAGAGCGGGAGAGAGAUGCUUGCUGCGUCGUCUUACAAUUGCUCCAAUAAAAUAUUUUACAACCUAAUCGAAUCAGGUUUUUCAAACUAUUACAAAGUAAUAUGUACAGGACCGUUUUUUUUUGCAAAUUACACAUUUAAUCGCAGUCAAAGAAAACUCUCUUCCUCUCUCUCUCAUUCUCUUUCUAGCUAUUGGUUUUAAACUCUACGGUUAGCAGUUUUUUUUUCGAGCUAUUCGAGAUUCUAUCGUUAUUUGGGGGGGAAAGGUCGAAAACAAUCGUGUGUUGAGUGAAAUAAAUAGCAAUAAAUAGUUACAAAAAAUAACAUUCUGAUCUCGUAAAUAAUUUAGCCUCUUCCGAUGCGUCAACUGGUACCGUACGAAGGAAAUGAUAAUUGUUUCUUGGAAGCUUCAAACUAGUGGGUGCUGGGUAAGCUUCUACAUAUUUGGGUGGAAGACCAACAACACGUCAAUUCAAGCCUUGUCGAAGCGUUUCUUCUAUUGUGUGUAUGUUUUGGUUUAGCUCAUUUUCAGCAAUCGCAUUAAUGAACUAGGAUGCUUGCUUUUAGGUUGGAUGUUGUUUCUCGUUAAAAUCAGCCUUUUAUCAUUUCCCUUUUCAUUUGCGACACUUAAAAGGUAUAGUUUUUUUUUGUUUUCUUGUUUGUAGAUAUAUUUUUGUUUUCGUCAAUUGAGCUUCUACUACUGUUUAACUGCAAACGCAUGUGUGUAUGUGCUGUGUACGGGUAAAGGUAUGUUUACUAAAUGUAAAUGGACGACAUUUAGAGUUGCUUUUUCGCGCAUUUUCCCUACUGAUUAUAAUAACUAACGAUCAGUAAGGUAUGUUUUGUAUUUGUUGUUUUGUUGUAUGUAGAAUAUACAUUAUGUUUAUAUUUUGUGUAUAACUUUCAGUACCAUGUUUGAUAAUUGAUAUAGUUGUUUGUUUACACUUGUUCUUCUUUUUCUUCUUUCGAAAAAUGAUAGAUCAGGCAGCUCUCCUCAAGGAGGUUUCGUUUGCUUCAGUGCUUUGCUUAGUUG